CCUGGCCCUGUUUUCUUUCAGCAGAGGAAGGGGCAUUUGAUCCAACCAGCUGCUUGGAGACUGGAGCUGAUCCACUUGAUGGCUGGGCGGGUUCCCCAGGGUGCAGACCGGGCAGCAGUGGCACGCGAGAUGGAAACCACCUUCACUGAGAAUCUCAGAUACGCUGCUGACCUCCUGGCCCAGGAAGACAUGAUCGGACUGGUGGAGCCUAUUAACAACCGCAUCACUGACCCUUGCUACUUUCUGAACACCCCACACCAAGCUGCUGCCAUCCUGGAGAAGGUGGGACGGCCCAACUUGAAGCUGCAGCUGGACCUCUUUCACUGCCAGAUCAUGGAUGGGAAUUUGUCACGCAACCUGGAGACGUAUUUCCCGCUUAUUGGUCAUAUACAGAUUGCACAGGUGCCAGGGCGGCAUGAGCCUGACAGCCCUGGGGAGCUGAACUUCCCCUACAUCUUCGAGCUCCUGGAGUCCCUCAGCUACACUGGUUACGUGGGGUGCGAGUAUGCUCCGAAAGGAAAUACCCUGGAAGGUCUGGGCUGGCUGCGCUCAUACUGGGAGAGCCGAGGGCUGCAGCAUGGUGGGACCAGCAAGGCAGCAGAGUAAAACAAGGAAAUUACUGGAAUAAAAGUCAAAGCAAUG